AGUUUUUGCUAAGCCAUGGGAUUUCCUGCAUGCCACCAUGGUUUCCCUAUGGGAAGACUCCUGCGGUGCUUAGCAUUUGUGUUUGCUUGUAUAGACAGUGUAAUGUGCUAUCUUCUUUCUCUUCUUGGGCUGAGGGAUCCACUACGCCAUGAAAGAAAUGGGCAGAGAGAAUUUCAAGAAAUCCCUUCUGUCCUUUCGUUUGGUGACGUGGUUAGAAACAAUUUGCCUGUCAUCAAAUUUCAGAGAUUUGCAGAGAGCUGUAGUGAAAUAGAGGAAGUUAUGUGUGCUGUUUGCUUGAACUCCUUGGAGAGAGAUGAUGAAAUUCGGGAGCUUUGUAAUUGCUCUCAUAUAUUUCAUAGGGAUUGUUUGGAUAAGUGGAUUGAUCACCAUCAGAUUACAUGCCCUCUCUGCAGAUGUCCUCUGAUUGCACAGACAGAAAGCCAAUAUCACAGUGAUGAAGAUUGGAUCUCCUUUCUAUUCGAAGGUGGAGAUUUUGUCAAUUCAUUUUAGCACAGAAAUGGCGGAUUUGAUUCGUGGGUCUGCUUGUAACAUUGAACAGGGCUUUGAUGAUUACAGAAGAAAUGGCGGAUUUGUUUCGUGGGUUUGAUGAUUACAGAAGAAAUGAUGAGUAACAGUUUAUACAGCCGAUAUUUUGACUGGUACACAGAAGUUAGCAGAAUUUGCUUGGAACUGUUUUUUUUUCUGUUACAAAACUUGAAGGUCCAGCACAGAUGGCACAAUGUGGAUUGAAGCAUUGUUGUUUGCAUUUGACCACGGUCAAUUGUUCAAGAUAGAUUUUUCCAGUUUUCUUUUAACUGUUUGAUUUAAAGGUCAGUGAAAUCUCUUAAAGAGUUGUAUUGAAAGGCUUCAUUUCAUUUACUUGAUCCAUAAGGGAAUUAUUUUUCCUCAUGGGGUAACGUUUGACCUGUAAAUCAUGUUAUC